CACGCUGUGCGGAACUAUUUGCCGAGCGGAGCCAUGCGACAGUGGUGUGUCCCCGCUGCAACCCGAAGCACGGAGCCACUCCCGGGGCGCCUCUCCGGGUCGCCCCCUCCACCAGAUGUCCGAAUGGAGUGCUGCGGGGUGGAGCCGCGCUACACCAUUGAGCAAAUCGACCUCCUCCAACGUCUGCGCCUCUCCGGCAUGACUAAACCUCAGAUACUCCACGCCUUGGAGUCUCUGGAGAGGCUCGACCCGGACCACCGCCCGCCUCACUGUGACUCCCACCCGGCCCCUUCCACUACCAACAACGGCAACAACAACACCACCACCUCCGCCCCGGCGCCCUCCUCUUCGUCGUCCACCUCCUCUCUCUCCCUCGCCUCGGCCACCACGCAGACCUCCGGGCUGGACGGCGCAGCGUUGUCCCCCAGCAACAGCUUUGAAGCUUCGCCCCCUCCGCUGUACCCCACGAGCGUGGCUGUGCAGCGCUCGUUCAGCUACGAUGUAGUCGGGGAGGAGGAGUGGGACCUGGAGGAGAAGGUGGAGGAAUACAUGAGGAGGGAUAGCAACCUGGUGAAAGAAGAGAUCAAAACCUUCCUCAACAACCGAAGGAUUUCUCAGGCAAUUGUGGGACAAGUUACAGGCAUUAGUCAGAGUUACAUCUCGCAGUGGCUGCUGCAGCAAGGUCUGGAGAUGAGCGACUCCAAACGCAGAGCUUUCUACCGCUGGUACCUGCUGGAGAGAACUAACCCAGGGCUGAGGUGGAGCGAAAGCCAGCACAGCGUGAGCCCCAGGGCCAGGGGAGGGGACAGAGACGGGCUGGCGGCGGGGGCGAGCGGCUGCCUCCCCAACCCCAACACCAACCUCAACCCCAACUCCAACCCCGUGUGGAGCAGGCAGAGAGAGCUCCUGAUGCAUUUGUUGCCGUGGUACACUGCCGCCGCCGCCGCCAGUGCAGCCCAGCCAGGUGCAACUUUAUCGAUGCGGUCAAUGGUGAAGGAGGAACCUGACUGGCGGACGGGCAUCAUGGCUGACAGGCCGGCAAUAGUCGGGGCGCCACUGAGGCUGCGUCGCGGAAGCCGCUUCACCUGGAGGAAGGAGUGCCAAGCCAUCAUGGAGAGCUUCUUCGUGGAGAAUCAGUACCCCGAUGAGGCGAAGCGGGAGGAGAUCGCUAACGCCUGCAACUCAGUCAUCCAGAAACCAGGUUGCAAGCUGUCUGAGUUUGAGCGCGUGACGGCGCUAAAGGUGUACAACUGGUUUGCUAACCGCCGCAAGGAGAUGAAGCGGAGAGCCAAUAUCGAAGCCGCCAUUUUGGAAAGCCACGGCAUCGAGGUCCCUAGUCCGACCUGCCACUCCAACGGCGAAGAGGGGGAGAUGCAAGAGUUCUCCGAUCAGGUCAAUCAACGUUUCUCAGAGCAGGAAGAAGCAUCCGCCCAGAGAAUGGCGGAACAACCAGACCGGACCACAUCGGAGGCCCUCCCCAGUCCCGCCAUACAGGUGGCAGAACAGAAAGAGAAGGAUCCAACAAGGGAAACUGUGGAUGAAGAGUGACCAAAAGCUGGUGAUGUCGUUUGAGUUUUAAUCUUUUAAAAAAAAAAAAAAAAAAAAGGGAGGUCUGCCUCCUCCUCAGGGAGCUGAAGACACUGUCGGGUUCUGAAGCUCACUCGAGGUGCCUCGGACGGAAAAGAGGCUGCCAUAUUUAUCGAAAGUUAUCCUGCUUAUGUUAACAGCAAUAUACCGUACAUAUAUAAAUAUAUACAUGAACAUAUAUCAAUACGUAGUGCAUUCCAAGGUGGUAUUAAUAAGCCUAAAUUCCUUAGAAAUACUUCAAGGAUACCUCACCCAUUUUAAUCGUUGUUUUGUUUUUGUAUUUUUUAAUUUUUUUUUCUCGCCUCGUGCUUUCUUUUUAACGCUAAGUGGUGAUGAAGUGCCUGCAGGUCAGGUCAGAGACACUCUUUCAAAGAGCUCGUCUGCAUGGAUGUGUGUUUUUCUUUUCUCUGGUGCUGACGUCCGACCUCAAAGAGUCGAUUGAUCAAAUCAUUCGGCCAAUGUUGGAAUUUGCAAAGCCCUGAGGGACACCUGGAAUCUCAGGAAAUCCAACAAUGGUGGAUCAAGAUAGUGAAGAAGUGCACCAGAUGUGCGCGUGUGUGUGCGUGUGUAAGCUUCAAGAGAUUUUCUUCAUAUCCGCGCUCACUCCAAACAGGAUGUUCUAUUUAUACUUUUUUUUUUUAUUAGUAGAACAAAGCGAGGACUAUCCAUCAUAUCUUUGUUCAACUCGAUGCUGCUCUUGUUGCCCACCCCCCCCACACUCGUUCAUCUAACCUCAUUUUCCAAGCCUGUAAAGCUUCUCUGCACCAAAACAAACGUCAGUGUGAUUGAAAAUCACCAUGCCGUCUUCUUCCCUCCUUAUUGGAAUAAGCUAAAAGCUUUUGCUCGCAUACUGCACUUCAAAAGUGGAUCUCACUCUAAUAGUAAUAAUAACGCUUGUGUACAUAAUAACCCAGAGGAUAAUCGCAUUUGUGAGCGCUUCUCUUCAAAACUAACGACGUUAGCAGAAAUAUACUGUAGAGUUGUCAAACUUGAAACAUGACUAGCAGACUUCAAGCUUGCUGGAGUCGCUCCCGGAAUGUUCAUCAGAUGGACAAACGUGCUUGUAAUAUACCGUAUUUCCUCAUAUAGUGGCCGUCCCUCCACGUCGUCCGCUUAGGACGAACCGAAACAUAAAUAAAUACCUGCCUUUUUUUCCCCGCCAGGAAAAAAGAAAUAGAAAAAACGGGUCGUAACUGUAAAUACCUCAGCUCAUACACGGACAUUAAAGAGUUUUGCUAACCAAAACAGCAGCAUCCUACCAAGGUACACAGCUGAAGAAGGAAAUUUGGGGUGAUUUUACCGUAUUUCCUCAAAUAGUGGCCGUCCAUAUAUAUAAUAAACAUUUUGCUCACAAAUAUAUUUGGAAAAAACCUGUCAUAACUGUAACUUGAAGUCUGUUGCUAACCAAAACAGCAGCACGGGAUUCCAAAAAUAUGACCCGCCUCUGAGUAGCCACUAUUUGCGGAACUACAGCCCAUGUUUCUUAAAUGGCGUUACCUCCCGAUGCCAAAGGUGGUCCAGGUGAUGCGGUCCAGCACUAGCCAACAUUCUUGAAGAGAAAUCUUGUGUUACAAGGCAACGGCAACCAUUGUUGUGACUCUUCAUAAUACAGUGUCUUGUAGCAUUCAUGGGGGGUCCAUCCUCCAAAGGAAAACUGAAUAUUAUUAUUAUUAUUAUGCUCCUUGCUAUCUGCUUUUAUCUGACAGCAAGCAACAAUAAAAGUAUUGUUAACGAUG